GUCAGUCCUUGAGCACAACUGUUGCGGCAGCGGCGGCGGCGGCAGUGGUGCUGACAUUGGGACAGCGGUGGCAGCACAGCGGUGGCAGCAAGAGCUGCAGGAUUGGCAGAGGGCAAGGCACCAUGGCCUUUGCUCUGCGCCUCUUCCUCCUGCUCCUCCUGGCAGUGGCCCUGCCUGCCAGGGCUGCCCAGGCAGCUCCGUGGCGAGUGCAGGGAGCAAGUUGGGAUCGUGACAUGGGUAACUUAGAAAAGCUGGUGUAUGACAGUUCAAAGAUUCUAGAGCAUGGUGAAGGUGAUGCUGGAUGGAAGAACGAAGAUGUAGGAGACAAGAAAUCCCUGGAGGCAGCCAAACUUCUGGACAAGAUGCUGGGGGAUCUGGAGAGACGCCGUGUGAUGAAAGGAAAGAUUGUACUGAAGGCUGAGUUUCCCGGAGGAAGCAGUGGUUCUGCUGUAGCAGCCUCUGCUACAGGAGGGGAAGCGAUGCCAGUCACAGGAGGAGAGCAUUCUAGGAAGGCUUCUCCAGCAGCUUGGCUUCAUGAAGAUUUGCAGCCUCUGGAGCCUCCUGCAGGUGUGUCUGUAAGCAGGACUUUUCAAGGUACUUUGCUGGUUGCUCCACACAAGCCUGGCUCCCAUCACAGGGGUCUGCUGAGAGGGAGGAACAAACUUAAAGGAGACAGUAAGUUCCUGGAGACAUCCAAAGAUAUGGACAAGAUGCUGAGUGAUCUGGAGAGACGCCGUGAGAUGGAAGGAGAGGCUGUGCUGAAGACUGAGUUUCCCAGAGGAAGCAGUGGCUCAUUGGCAGCCUCUGCUGCAGGAAGGGAGGCAAUGUCAGGCACAGUCAGAGGAGGAGAGCAUUCUAGGAAGGCUUCUCCAGCAGCUGGGAUGGAAGAUGGUUUGGAACCCAUGGGAACUUCUGCAGGUAUGUCUGCAAGGAGGACUUUUCAAGGUCCUUUGCUGGAUGCUGCACACAGGCCCCGCUCCCAUCACAGGGGUCAUCUGAGAGGGAGGAACAAACCUAAAGGAGACAAUAAGUUCCUGGAGGCAUCCAAACACAUGGACAAGACGUUGAGUGAUCUGGAGAGACGCCGUGAGAUAGACCAAAAGGCCUUGCGGAAGGCAGCACUUCCUGGUACACGAAGGGAGGAGAUGCCAGACAGCGCCACAGAAGAUGUUAUCACUGAAACAGGAAUAUAUGCUCAGGAUCCAGUGCGCCUUCCGAGAAUUGUCUGCCCCCAGGAUGUGCGCAGGUCCUGCAUGAUAGGCACAGUAGUGACAAUCUUCACUGCUCCAGUUGUUCUGGUCUGCUGCUAUUUUGGGAUUCGGAAGCUCUAUGAGAUGAGACGACUGAUCAAACCUACGUUGGUUUGAUGUGACCAACAGAAGUGUUUUGCUUUGUUUUUAAUUCAAACAAGGAGCAGAGCUGGAACCUGUUGAAAAGAGUCUCUUCAUAGCUAAAGCAAACUGCCAGGGUUCUUUUCUUUCCAGCUCUGGGCAGGAAUAUAAAAUUAUAUCAGAAGCAAAUACUCGUGUAAAGUAACUGAUAUAAAUUAGGGAUUUGGUCUCUUUGCCCCCUAACCCCGGAGUUCCUCAGAGCUGCGGCUUCCUAUUCUCUUUGUAGACAGUAACUGGCUAUGGAUGACAGUCGUGUGCCUACCCUGGUGCACACCAGGUCCACACAUGAGCUAAGGAAUUAUCCUUGCACACUCCAUACUGGAAGAACCAAGUUCACUUAUGAAUGUGACACAAUUUAAUUGCAUGGCAGAAAAACAAAACAAAACAAAACAAAAAAGCACCCAUGCAAGAUAAAGGUUAGAAUUGGUUCCAUUCCAAACACUUUACAUUUUUGCUGUGUGUAAUGGAGAUAGGAACUACAUGUUUCCUAUUCAAGCAUAUUUUGCUGUCUGACAGCCCACAGUCCUCAAAGUCACGGGGGCUUGCAGAGCUGUGUCUGAUGAUUUUAUGAAAAAAAACAAGUGCAACACCUAUCUUCAAAACUUUCCAAUACAAAUCACAAGCUGAUUCCUUCUGUUAAGUGGAAAAAAUCCCCAACCAAAUAACAAAACCAAAACUGUGACCCAACAAAACAGGCAAAUAAAACAACAACCAAGAAAAAGUCAGAACCAAUACAAAUAACCCCACAAAUCCAGAAAACUAUAAAAAUCAGGUGAAGGAAGCAGCGAUCAAAGAGCAACAAAUGGGCAAAGGAACUACAGAAAGGACAGAUAAUUAGAAAGGACAGGUAGUCAGUGGCUAUGGCACCAAACUAGCCAGGGGCUCUGAGAUACAGUUCUCAUCCUUCUGAAAACAAAGUAAGCAGAAAACAAAUGAUGAUGAUUGUGAAAUGGGACUUUGUAUUUCACAAUGCAGAGCUUUAAUAUAUCCAUUUAGCUUUAAUAUAUCCAUUGUGUGUAAGUUCUGUUUUCCUGUCCAAACAAAAACACUGCAGUGGAAGAGGAGGCCAGCUUGGAAAAUACUAAAAGCAAGAGCAAAAAUAAAGUACUUGUUUUUAAUAUGUUGUUUAGUUGGUUGCUGUUUGUUCAUGGUUUUUUGUCUGUCUUUGGAAGCAACCCCUUGGAUGUUAAUGCAUGCAACUAGUCCUUUUUAAAGGGCUGUCUUUGCAAAAAUUCUGCCAAUUUUGUCAUGCAAGACAGAAACAGCUUCCCUUGGCUACACCUGGAAGACUUGAAAA